AUGAGUACAACCCAACCCUCCUUUUCGGACUACUGCGGCAAGGAUACGCUUUUCCGUCCGAUUGAUUUCGUCCGCUACCGAAAGCCGCACGUCGUGAGCUACCCACGCCAUGCGAUUGUGCUAAACCCACAACACACCCAACAGCAGCGCGAUGCCGCGCGAAAACAUUCCGAUCACGACGGAAACCAUAAUAGCAAUUCGAAUACGAGUGACGAUGAGAACGAUAACACUUCCGACAGUGACGACGACCCCCGACGGAUGGAUAAAAUGAACUUUUUGUGUAGCAGCGAGGAGCUUCGCCAGUGUAUGCAUCUGCGGUGGAAAAGUGUGGAGCCCGUGGGGGUCGGCCUCGCCAACCUCGGGAAUACCUGCUUUAUGAAUGCCGUGUUACAGGCGAUUUCCUACACCCCGGCGCUCGCGCAGUACUUUACGACGCGGUUUAAAACCGCGAAUACCACGAUGAAUGCGCCGUACGACUUCGCCUACGCGCUCGGGGAGACGAUUCGCCAGAUGACGGGAUCGGCCGCCCUGACAAACGGCCCUACGGGCCCUUCGCACCUCGGGGGUGCGUCGAAACCAGCGUAUCGCCCAUCCCUCCUCGCCUCCCGAUUGCCGUCGUUGUCGAAACGAUUUCGCAUCGGCACGCAAAGCGACGCGCACGAAUUUAUCGUGCAGCUCCUCUCCGCGUGUGAAAAGUCGGUGUUGUAUCGUCUGGUGGGGCCGAAGAAGUUGGAGCCCCGGGUGGCGCUCACGACCGCGUUGUUUCAAAUCUACGGCGGCUACCUGCGCUCGCAGGUUUCCUGGAGCGCAAAGGAAGAGAUUUCACAGCUCCAACGCGAUGGAAAGCAUCAAGAGGCGACGGAUCUGAAGCUUUCGUUGCAGCAAAAGGCAAGAAAUUCGGAAAAAUCGGGCACGGUGCGCACCGCUCGGAUGGAGCGAUUAGCCUCGAACACGUACGAUCCGAUGACGGUCCUUCAUCUCGAGAUGGUGGGGCAGACGUUGGAGCAGUCGUUGGCGGCUUUUUGUGAGCCGGAGAAGUUAUCCGGGCGGUGUUAUCUUUCCCCAAGGGAGGUGAACGUGCACGCCACGAAGCAGAUGACGAUUCACAUCCCCCCUAACGUCCUCAUUAUUCACCUAAAACGGUUUCAAAACACCGGAGGGAAGGUGAAUCGGUAUAUUCGUUACCCCUUGGAGUUGGAUCUUUCGCCGUAUUUGACCGAAUCGGUUGAGCGGGCGGCUAACAUUUCGUCUUCACGCCUCCCACACGCGGAGGGGUUUUCAAAUGAAACGGGAAAAGAAAAUAACCGCCAUGUGGGGCUUUGCUAUGAGCUAAACGCGGUUUGCAUUCACGAAGGGGGUUCGAUUCAUCACGGGCAUUACUACGCCGUCGUGCGGGCGAAAAAUGGGAUGUGGUACCUCUGCGAUGACGCCAGGGUUUCCCCCAUUAGCGUGGAAAAGGCACUUAGUCAACAGGCGUAUCUUCUGUUUUACUCGCGUAUCCCCAUGGAGGAGAGGGAGAAACCAAAGGAAAAGGGGGAAAAGAAGAAGUCCAUCGCCCCCCAACCCCCUUCUCUUCCGUUCCUGGAGGAAAAUUGGGGGGUGGCGUUGAGCGAUGGUGAGGCGAUCGCGCGACUUCGCGCUCGACGGCGGGCAGGCAAUUCGAGCGAAUUCACCGCCCCCAUCGAGAAAGCAGGAGGUGAAACGGAAUCUCAAAAGGGGCUCCAAGAUCCCCCCAAGGAGGAACCAACGGAAAAAGACGAGGUCGCGUCGAAUCCCGAAGCCGAGAUCGCGGAAAAAAAAGAGGACGAAGGGGCGUGGAAAGGGUGGCUGCGCGUACGGCGACGGACCUCCCCUUCCCGAUCCGUCGUUGCCGCCGUUCACGAAGCCCUCGCGGUGGCGACGCCCGUGACGUUGCAGAGGCCCGCGGGAGCGCCGAAGUUUCAGCAACGCGUGCGAGAUCCGAUGUGGGAGAUGGAGAUGGAUCGUGGGCGGGUGAAAAAAGUGCGAUCGAAGCUCGCCGGGCGGGAAGACGGGAGCCCACGGAGCGGCUCCAAUCCUUUUCAAGCCGCCACCAUCAACCGCUUCGAUUGGCGAGGACGGCAACUCCGCUGA